AUGAGUGGUAAUUUAGACCCAACACUGCAGUAUCAAGUAAUAGAGCGUAUUGGUGGUGGUGCAUUUGGGGAAGUAUUUAAGGGGAUUCAUAUACAAACAAAUGAAGUCGUUGCCAUAAAAAUCGUCGACCUUGAGUCCGCAGCUGAUGAGAUUGAGGAUGUCCAGCAGGAAAUCCAUGUAUUAUCACAGUGUUCGUGUGAUCAGCUGACAAUGUACUCGGGUUCUUUUAUUGCAGGGACAAAAUUAUGGAUUAUCAUGGAGUUUCUAUCUGGUGGCUCAGUGCUGGACAUUAUGCGAAAUGGUCCUUUGGAUGAAGCAUUCAUUGCUAUUAUUUUAUGUGAAUUACUAAAGGGUCUUGAGUAUCUGCACUCGGAGAAGAAGAUCCAUCGUGAUAUAAAAGCUGCAAAUGUCUUGCUAAGUGGAGACGGUCAUGUGAAACUUGCCGAUUUUGGUGUCACAGGUCAAAUUACAGAGACAAUGACGAAGCGCAAUACAGCAGUGGGCACUCCAUUUUGGAUGGCACCUGAAGUCAUUCAAGAGUCAGAGUACGACUUUAAGGCAGAUAUUUGGUCACUGGGUAUUACUGCGAUUGAGAUGGCAAAAGGUACACCUCCACUUGCUGAUAUUCACCCGAUGAAAGUGCUUUUCAUGAUUCCGACGAUGGACCCGCCCACGUUGGAAGGCAGCUUUUCGCCACGAUUUACAGAUUUUGUGUCUUGCUGCUUGCAAAAGCCCCCACGCGAUCGACCGACUGCAUCCGAGCUUCUACAGCACCCGUUCAUUCGCUCUGCUAAGCACAUCUCACAUCUCACAAAACUUUUGGAUCGAAACCAAUUACAAAAUUUACAGCAAGAUGGACGCGAAAAGGCUCACAAGGUGAAGAAAGUGGUUUAA